AUGAUUGAAGAGAAAACUGUGGAUUCAGUUUAUAUUGGACAAUCUGUAACAUUUAUUUGUUCAAUUUCAAAUGAUAUUGCUAUUCAAUCACGAGAAGAUCAACAAAUAAAAAUAAAUUCAAAUGAAAAAUAUGAAGUAGUUGAAAAUCGAAGUGAUAAUUUCAUUCAAUAUAAAUUAAUAAUUAAAAAUAUUUUAUUAUCUGAUAAUGUUUAUUGUAUUUGUACAGCAACAAAUCAAUAUGGCUCAUCUUUAACUCAAUUUAAAUUAAGAGUUAAUCAUUUAAAAGACUUCUUUAUUCGACGUACAAUUUUAUUUGGAUCAAUUCUAAUUGGUCUUUUCAUUUCUCUUAUUUUAAUAAUCAUUGCAUUAAUUAAUCAUUAUAAACAAAAUAAACAUAAAAGAAUAAGAAAAAAAUCUUCAACAACUGAUGAAACAAUAUCAUCAUCUUUAGCUAAACAACAAGAAAAUAUUCAACAUGAUUAUCAAGAUGAAACAAAUUCAAUUAAUGAUCAAACUUUUAUUCAUGAAAAAUUACUAAAUAAUCAAAUUACAAAUUAUAUAUACGAUUCACCUCAGCAUGAUUUAUUUUAUUCAAGAUACGAUUUGAAACGAUAUUCAACUGUUGUUUAA